AAUAUCAUAAUUUUGUUCUAUAAUAAUUUUCAGUAUAAUUUCGCCGGGAGGUAUGAUCUAGUUCAAUUCAUCAAGGUAGUGCAACAAGCAGGCCUUUAUGUUCAUCUCCGAAUCGGCCCUUAUAUUUGUGCUGAAUGGAAUUUUGGGGGAUUUCCUGUUUGGCUGAAAUAUGUUCCAGGCAUUGCUUUCAGAACAGACAAUGGUCCUUUCAAGGCGGCAAUGCAAAAAUUCACAGAGAAAAUUGUCACCAUGAUGAAGUCAGAAAACUUGUUUCAAACUCAGGGAGGUCCAAUUAUAAUGUCUCAGAUAGAGAAUGAAUAUGGACCAGUAGAGUGGGAAAUUGGGGCACCCGGUAAAGCUUAUACGAAAUGGGCAGCACAAAUGGCUGUCGGUCUUAACACCGGUGUCCCAUGGGUUAUGUGCAAACAAGAGGAUGCUCCCGACCCAGUUAUAGAUACUUGCAAUGGUUUUUACUGCGAAGGCUUCAAACCGAACAAGGAUUACAAACCGAAAAUGUUUACUGAAAAUUGGACUGGCUGGUACACACAAUUUGGUGGUGCAGUUCCGUACAGACCUGUUGAAGACUUGGCAUUUUCAGUUGCUAGGUUUAUACAAAAUAAUGGUUCAUUCAUGAAUUAUUAUAUGUACCAUGGCGGAACAAAUUUUGGGCGGACAGCUGCUGGUCUCUUCAUCGCCACUAGCUAUGACUAUGAUGCUCCGAUUGAUGAAUAUGGAUUACUAAGAGAACCAAAAUGGGGGCAUUUGACAAAUUUGCAUAAAGCCAUCAAGCAAUGUGAACCAGCUUUGGUUUCCUCAUAUCCCACAGUGACUUGGCCUGGCAAUAAUCUAGAGGUUCACGUGUUCAAGACGAGGUCGGCUUGUGCUGCAUUCCUUGCCAACUACGACACCAACUCUCCGGCAACAGUGACCUUUCAGAAUGCACAAUAUUACUUGCCUCCUUGGUCUGUCAGCAUUCUCCCUGACUGCAAAAAUGCAAUUUUCAACACCGCAAAGAUUACCGCUAGUAGUUAUCAGCCAAAGAUGACACCAGCGAGUGGUGGAUUCUCUUGGCAGUCCUCCACCGAGCAAACAGUCUCUGCUGAUGAUUCAGACACCAUUGCAAAAGCUGGGUUGUUGGAACAAAUAAGCGUCACAAGAGAUACUUCGGACUAUCUCUGGUACCUGACAAAUGUGAAUAUACAACCGGGUGAAGGAUUCUUAAAGAACGGGCAGUAUCCUACACUGACCAUUAUGUCAGCAGGUCAUGCUUUGCACGUUUUCAUCAACGGUCAACUAUCAGGAACCGUGUUUGGGUCGCUAGAGAAUCCAAAACUGACAUAUAGCAGCACUGUGAAGUUGAGAGCCGGAAUUAACAAGAUUUCUUUACUAAGUGUUGCUGUUGGCCUUCCGAAUGUUGGUGUGCAUUAUGAUACAUGGAACACGGGGGUUCUUGGCCCGGUCACACUGAAAGGCCUCAAUGAGGGGACAAGAGACUUAACAAAGCAACAGUGGUCUUACAAGGUUGGUCUAAAAGGCGAGGGCUUAAAACUGCAUACACUUGAUGGAAGUUCCUCUGUUGAGUGGGCUGAGGGAUCACUAUUGGCUACAAAACAACCCUUGACAUGGUACAAGACUACAUUCAACGCACCAGCAGGAAAUGAUCCAUUAGCUCUGGAUAUGAAUACCAUGGGAAAAGGUGAAGUAUGGGUAAAUGGUCAAAGCAUCGGGCGCCACUGGCCCGGAUACAAAGCAAAUGGUAACUGUGGUGCCUGCAGCUACGCUGGAACUUUUACCGAGAAAAAAUGUAGAUUUAAUUGCGGACAAUCCUCUCAGAGAUGGUAA